AGGAAAUUGCACUCGCCGCCUCCUCCGCCCACCCCCACGCCGGUACCCAACACAAUGCACCAGCCGCCCGAGUCCGCCGCCGCCGCCGCCGCGGCCGCUGCAGACAUCAGUGCUAGGAAGAUGGCGCACCCGGCUCUGUUCCCUCGAAGGGGCAGCGGGAGUGGUAGCGGCGGCAGCGCCUCUGCUCUCAGCGCAGCAGGUACCAGCGUCGGGAAUAAUGCCGCCGCCUCCGAGGAUUUCCAGGCUCCAUCGCUGCUCCAGCCGCCGCCGACUCCCGCAGCAGCGGCAGCAUCGUCUUCCUCCGGACCACAGCCGCCGCCUCCACAAAGCCUGAACCUCCUCUCGCAGGCUCAGCUGCAGGCGCAGCCUCUCGUGCCCGGAGGAACCCAGAUGAAAAAGAAAAGUGGCUUCCAGAUCACGAGCGUCACCCCGGCUCAGAUCUCCGCCAGCAUGAGCUCCAACAACAGCAUAGCCGAGGACACCGAGAGCUACGACGACCUGGACGAGUCGCACACGGAGGAUCUGUCUUCCUCCGAGAUCCUCGAUGUGUCACUUUCCAGGGCUACUGACUUGGGGGAGCCAGAGCGAAGCUCCUCCGAGGAGACUCUGAACAACUUCCAGGAAGCCGAGACACCUGGGGCCGUGUCUCCCAACCAGCCCCACCUGCCUCAGCCUCACUUGCCUCACCUUCCUCAGCAGAAUGUUGUGAUCAACGGGAAUGCGCAUCCACACCACGCCCAUCAUCAUCACCACGUCCAUCAUGGGCACCACCUCCACCAUGGCCACCACCAUCCAUCCCAUGCUGGCGUGGCUAGUGCAUCCGUCUCCGGAGGACCUCCCCCGAGCCCAGUGUCCAGAAAACUCUCGACAACGGGAAGCUCUGACAGUGUUCUAAUAGCUGCACCAACUUCUGCUGUAUCAUCGGGUGGCUCACCUGCAUCUGUAAUGACUAAUAUCCGUGCUCCGAGUACUACAGGCAGUAUAGGUAUCAACGCGGUUGCUGGCACCAAUACAAUGAAUAAUGCUAACGUUACUGCUGUGGGUAGUUAUAAUCCGAACGUGACAAGUAGCAUGGUUGGCAGUGCUACUAUCAAUGCAAGCAAUGUUCCUGGUGGUGCUGCUGUGAGUGCUGGGCCUGGAGUUGGCAGUAGUGUUAAUGUGAAUAUGUUGAGUGGCAUGGGCAAUGGUAUGACUUCUUCCUCUGCUGCUGCUAACAGUAUCCCAAAUGCGGCUGCGGGAAUAACUGUGGGGUCACUUUCCAGUCAGCAGCAGCAGCAGCCGCCUACGGUUAACACGUCAAGGUUCAGAGUUGUGAAGUUAGAUUCUAGUUCUGAGCCUUUUAAAAAAGGUAGAUGGACUUGCACCGAGUUUUAUGAGAAAGAAAAUGCUGUCCCUGCGGCCGAAGGUGUUGUGAUCAAUAAGGUGGUGGAGACUGUAAGACAAAACCCAGUGGAAAUGACUUCUGAGCGAGAGAGCACUAGUGGGAGUUCUGUGAGCAGUAGUGUCAGCACACUGAGUCACUACACCGAGAGUGUGGGCAGUGGAGAGAUGGGAGCCCCUGUUGUGGUGGUGCAGCAGCAACAACAGCCGCAGCCACAAGCCCUUUCAGCUGUGGCCCUGCAACAGAUGGAUUUCAGUAGCACUGGUCCACAGAGUAUUUCAGCAGUUAGUAUACCGCAGAGUAUUUCGCAGUCACAGAUCUCCCAAGUCCAAUUGCCCUCUCAAGAACUGAGUUAUCCGCAAAAGCAAGGCCUUCAAGCAGUACCUCUACAAGCCACUCUUAAUGCUGCAACUGGUAUCCAGCCAUCCCCUGUAAAUGUGGUGGGUGUAACUUCCGCUUUAGGUCCUCAGCCUUCCAUUUCCAGUUUGGCUCAAGCUCAACUGCCAUAUUCUCAGCCGGCUCCUCCAGUGCAAACCCCUCUUCCAGGGGCAUCACCCCAACAGUUACAAUAUGGACAACAGCAACAACCAACGGUUUCUACACAGAUGACCUCCGGCCAAGGUAAAGCGGUGACUCAAACUUCUACUUCAGAGUAUGUACAACAGCCACCACUUCUUCAAGCAGCGGUGACCUCUGGACAGCCCAGUUCUGCAGGCGUGGGAGCAGGAACAACAGUGAUUCCUAUGGCUCAACCACAGAGUAUCCAGCUGCCAUUGAAGCCUUCAACAGUCCAAGCACAACCUGGAGGGACAUCUGGCCAGCCUGCUGGCCAGGCUCAAAUAGCAGCAUCUGCUGCACCUACUGGCGGUCAGAUUGCAAAUAUCGGUCAACAAGCGAACAUGCCUAUUGCAGUGCAGCAGUCCUCUACCCAACCCACACCUUCAGUUAUUCAGCAAGGUGCUCCUCCAUCUUCACAGAUAGGUCCUCCUGCUCAAACCUCUAUUAUUCAUCAGGGAGUUCCAACCAGUGCUUCAAGCCUUCCUCAACAAUUGGUCAUUGCACCCCAAAGUACCUUGUUAACUGUGCCUCCCCAGCCACAAGGAGCAGAAUCGGUAGCUCAAGGAGUUGUUUCGCAGCAGUUGCCUGCAGUUAGUCCUUUGCCCUCCGCUAGUAGUAUUUCUGUUUCUAAUCAGGUUAGUUCAACUGGUCCUUCUGGAAUGCCUUCUGCCCCAACAAACUUGGUUCCACCACAGAAUAUAGCACAAACCCCUGCCACCCAAAAUGGUAAUUUGGUUCAAAGUGUUAGUCAACCUCCAUUGGUAGCAACUAAUAUAAAUUUGCCUUUGGCACAACAGAUACCACUAUGUUCUCAGUUCUCUGCACAAUCAUUAGCUCAGGCAAUUGGAAGCCAAAUUGAAGAUGCCAGGCGCCCAGUGGAACCCUCCUUAGUUGGCUUACCUCAGACUAUCAGUGGUGACAGUGGGGGAAUGUCAGCAGUUUCAGAUGGGAGUAGCAGCAGCCUAGCAGCCUCUGCCUCUCUUUUCCCGUUGAAGGUGCUACCGCUGACGACACCCCUGGUGGAUGGCGAGGAUGAGAGCUCCUCUGGUGCAAGUGUGGUAGCUAUUGACAACAAAAUCGAGCAAGCUAUGGAUCUGGUGAAGAGCCAUUUGAUGUACGCUGUGAGAGAGGAAGUGGAGGUCCUCAAAGAACAAAUCAAAGAACUCAUAGAGAAGAAUUCUCAGCUGGAGCAGGAAAACAAUCUGCUGAAGACGCUGGCCAGCCCCGAGCAACUCGCCCAGUUCCAGGCCCAGCUGCAGACUGGCUCGCCCCCUGCCACCACACAGCCGCAGGGGACCUCGCAGCCCCCCGCCCAGCCGGCGUCCCAGGGCUCGGGACCCACCGCAUAGCUGCCAGGCAGCGCACAACUGCUGCUCUGUGGGAACUGGCCGGACCCCAGAUGAUGUCCUAGGGGCAACCCGCUCGCCCAUUUCAUUGCUCGCUGCAGAAGAGACGUGAGACUGACACCUGCCAUUCUCUUUUUCUCCAGUAUUAAACACUCCUAUGCUUCUGGCUUGAAGACAUUUCUGAGUUGGGUGAUUCAAAGGUUAAGCAGAGAAUUAGCAUGGAUAUACUGGGACCUCAUGCAGCUUGGCAAGUCCGAGAAAUGGUUUCAUUCAUGCUGAGGAGCUGUGUGCCUUUCCAUCCCCUCCUGGCCCCUGACCCUCACUCCAAGCGUUCCCUUCUGCUUGCAUGUAGUGUUCUACAUGGGGUUGUGAGACUCCUGGGGGCCUCUCCCUUCUCCCCCUUCUCCCCCAAAGGAACUUGAAAGGGAGGUAAACACUAAUGCAGAGCCUCACCUAAAAUGAGGGGAACCUUACUUCUUCAUCGUAUACAUUGACAACUGUCACCAAAACCCAUUAAAAAAAAGUAUUGUGCCUCUCCGAAAUAGUGGUUGACACAAAAUUUAUUAGUGACUAAACGAUGACAGGUAGCUGGGACCCAGGCUAUCUUACCUUGAACGUUGUUUUGCUUAUUGUAUAUUUAUGUAUGUAGUGUAACUAUUUUGUACAAUAGAGGACUGUAACUACUAUUUAGGUUGUACAGAUCAAAAUUUAGAUGUUUCAUUGGCUGUCUGCAAAGGUGUGAAGUGUCUUAUAUAGGAGAUCUACCUUAAGAAAAGGUUACAAGAAGAAAGCCACACCUAUAGAAAUUUUAAGAAUUUGGCACAGUUAGUCACUUUGUGUAAUCUAGCUGCUGAAUAUCUUGAAGUUAAAUUCCUGUUCACUGAUGUCUUUUGAUUGAGCUGGUUGAAUACUUUGAGAAAUGAUCAGUUCUAGCUAAUGAAAUGAAUUUCCCAGUAGGGGCUUCUGCAUAUUACCUGUAUAGUAGUUAUAUGCAUAUGUUUCUGUGCAUGUUCUCUACACAGUUGUAAGUUGUCACUGUAUUUAACUGUUGCACUUGUCAACUUUCAAUAAAGCAUAUAAAAUGUUGAUAAACAA